AUGCAUGCAAGAGAGCACAUUGGUUUUAAGAGGAAAUACUUGUAUGUGAGGUGUGGUAAAGAUGAAGUGUUUGUCCCAAAAUCCAAAUCCAAUGUUUCAUGGUACCACAAGUGCUUCAACAAUCGAAUAGGAAGGGCUGUUUCUCUUCUCAUCACGCUCACACUGGGAUGGCCUUUGUAUUUAGCCUUCAAUGUUUCUGGUAGACGCUAUGAUCGUUUUGCAAGCCACUACCACCCUUAUGCUCCCAUAUACUCAGACAGUGAAAGGCUUCUGAUCUACGUUUCUGAUGUUUCUUUGUUUUGUGUCGCAUUCUUUCUCCACCGCAUUGCAACUGUGAGAGGGCUGGUUUGGCUGGUCUGUGUUUAUGGGGUGCCAUUGCUCAUUGUAAAUGGCUUUCUUGUGACCAUCACAUAUUUGCAGCACACACACUCUUCCUUGCCUCACUAUGAUUCAUCGGAAUGGGAGUGGCUGAAGGGUGCUUUGGCCACUAUGGACAGAGAUUAUGGGAUUCUGAACAAGGCGUUUCAUCAUAUAACUGAUACGCAUGUCACUCACCAUCUCUUCUCUACAAUGCCUCAUUACCAUGCAAUGGAGGCAACCAAUGCAAUCAAAGCUAUAUUGGGUGAGUACUAUCAAUUUGAUAACACCCCAUUUUACAAAGCUCUGUGGAGAGAAGCAAAAGAGUGUCUUUAUGUGGAACCAGACGAAGGAACUUCCCAGAAGGGCGUGUAUUGGUACAGGAACAAGUUUUCAUGAAGCAAACA